AUGGUAAUUAUUAGUUUCUUACCUCAGGAAACGAGGCGUGAAACUGUAUUUAUCUAUCUUUUCAUAUCUCUGUAUAUUAUCUAUCUAUCUAUUUCAAUCUAUUCAUUAUCUAUCGAUGUCAUCUAUUUCUUAUAUACCUGUCUAUUCAUAUCUCUCUCUCUCCCUAUCUAUCUAUCUAUCUUUUCAUGUCUGUAUUUCUGUUUAUUAUCUAUUUCAAUCUAUUCAUUAUCUAUCGAUCUCAGUCUAUUCCUUAUAUAUUUGUCUAUUCAUAUCUAUAUCCAUCUCCCUCUCUCUCUCUCUCUCUCUCUCUUUCUUUCUAUCUAUCUAUUUAUCUCAAUGUCUUCGUUAUCUAUCUAUCCUCAUCUGUUCAUAUCUAUGUAUCUAUCUAUCGAUCUAUCUCUUCAUAUCUGUAUUUUUGUUCAUUAUCUAUCUAUUUAUCUAUCUCAAUCUAUUCAUUAUCUAUCGAUCUCUAUUCCUUAUCUGUCUUUCUAUUCGUAUCUAUCUGUUUAUCUCAAUGUCUUGGUUAUCUAUCUAUCCUCAUCUAUUCAUAUCUAUCUUUUCAUUUCUCUAUAUCUAUCUAUCUAUCUAUCUAUCUAUCUAUCUAUCUCAAUCUAUUCAUUAUCUAUCGAUCUCAGUCUAAUCCUUAUCUGUUUGUCUAUUCAUAUCUAUCUAUCUAUCUAUCUAUCUAUCUAUCUAUCUAUCUAUCUAUCUAUCUCAAUGUCGUUGUUAUCUGUCUAUCCUCAUCUGUUCAUAUCUAUCUUUUCAUAUCUCUAUAUCUAUCUAUCUCAAUCUAUUCAUUAUCUAUUGAUCUCAGUGCAUUCCUUAUUUGUCUAUCUGUCUAUUCAUAUCUAUCUAUCUUUCUAUCUAUCUACACACACACGUACGCUACACUCACAUACAUGA